AUGUCUUCCAGCAUGGACAACAGCAGCGUCGCGAAGGACGACACCAUCCGCAAGGAUCCUGGCAAUUCUGGAUCCAAUGGCGCCAGCGCAGGAUUCCGGCCUUCGCAUACCCCAGGUCGCAGCGACAACCCAUUGAUCAGUGUCGAGCCGCCCAGGAGAGAGGAUUUGCAGCCGUCCUAUGCGCAGACUCUGGCCGGAGAGAGUGACCAGGGCAACCAUGGCUGGUAUGGAAGCAUGAUCAAUGCCCUCGGAACGUGCAUUGGAACCAUGGGUGCCAUUCCUUGCUGUGUCUUCUGCCCCAACCCAUACAAGCCGGUCUCACAGGGUAAUGUCGGUCUGGUCACCAAGUUCGGUCGAUUCUACAGAGCUGUCGAUCCAGGUCUUGUCAAGAUCAACCCUCUGUCCGAGCGGCUCAUCCAGGUCGAUGUCAAGAUCCAGAUUGUUGAGGUCCCACAGCAAGUCUGCAUGACCAAGGACAACGUCACUCUCCACUUGACUUCCGUUAUCUACUACCACAUCACAUCCCCACACAAGGCUGCUUUCGGUAUCUCGAACGUACGGCAGGCUCUGGUGGAGCGUACGCAGACCACCCUCCGUCACGUAGUCGGUGCCCGUGUCCUCCAGGAUGUUAUCGAGCGCCGUGAGGAAGUGGCCCAGUCAAUUGGGGAAAUCAUCGAGGAUGUCGCAUCAGGAUGGGGAGUUCAGGUCGAGUCAAUGCUGAUCAAGGAUAUCAUCUUCAGCAAUGAGCUGCAGGACUCACUCUCAAUGGCUGCGCAAUCCAAGCGUAUUGGAGAGUCAAAGGUCAUCGCCGCAAGAGCUGAAGUUGAGUCCGCAAAGCUCAUGAGACAAGCCGCCGACAUCUUGUCGAGCGCCCCAGCCAUGCAAAUCAGAUACCUCGAGGCUAUGCAAGCCAUGGCCAAGUCCGCCAACUCCAAGGUCAUCUUCUUGCCCGGUGCUUCCAACGUCGGCAGUUCGAUGGCAAUGGCGAAUGCGUACGGAGAAGGUCCCGAACAGCAUGGCGCGUCUUCUUCGCAGAAAUAUGACAGUGGCAAUAAUGACUUUGGGGGUAUGGAUCCCGGCUUCCAACGUGCGAUAAAUGCACAUGUGGUCGAGAACAUCUAA